CGUGAAGCCACGGGAGCAGGUGGUGGCUGGCCGUAUGAACAGUUACGCGACCACUGACGCUGGGCAGACAAUCUCCGAAGAGUAUUGAUAAUCGCUGGGAUCACCCGUCUCGUAAAGACACUAUCCAGAAGGCAAAGCGCCUCGCCGUGUAUUGCUUUUCUCGACUGUUACGUAAGGUGUGGUAGGUUGGUCGCGACAAUCGGGGCGGUUAGAGUGCAGGUAGACGGCACUCGUCCCACUGCUGCGGUUACUGUUACUGGUUCGGUGACCUGCUCUCUACUUCCGUGUUUCACAUUUGAUCGCCGGUCACUGACGUGGGAGUGGGGACGAGCUAAGAGCGAACUUCGGUUGCAAAGUUUUGAGAGGGAAAACCAAGAAGGAGCCCCCGUUGGGAAGGAAAUAAAUACCGCGGAAAGGUGGAGGAGACGACUAGUCAAAAGAGAUUUCUUACCAUUCUAGAUUGACAGCACAAAUAAAGGCGAUGAGUCUGCAAGAAAAUUUAAUGGAAGAGAUGGCCCCAAUAAUAUCUGUCAAAUCUUCUUCAAAGAUCUCAAUAGUGGGCACUGGGAGAGUUGGCAUGUCAUGUGCCAUUUGCAUUCUAGAGAAGAGUUUAGCUGAUGAAUUGGUCCUUGUCGAUAAGAUGGCAGACAGAGUUAAGGGGGAAGCGAUGGAUCUGUUGCAUGGUAGCCUGUUUCUAAAAUCCAAGAUAACAUCAGAUACAGAUUAUAAAGCAACACAAGACUCUAAGAUAUGUAUCAUCUGUGCUGGUGAGGUGGCAAAAGAUGAAAAACCAGAUAAAAGUCUGCUGCAGAAGAAUAUUGCUAUUUUCAAGGAAAUUAUCCCUCAAGUGGCUAAGCAUAGUCCAAAUGCAAUUUUGCUUAUUGUUACUCAGCCAGUGGAUCUAUUGACCUACGUUGCCUGGAAACUCAGUGGAUUUCCAAAAAACCGUGUUAUUGGUACUGGUACUAACUUGGACACCGCAAGACUUCGUUAUUUACUUGGUGCAAAAUUGAAAAUUAAUCCAGCGAAUGUUCAUGCCUAUGUCAUUGGUGAACAAGGACAUAGAAGUGUUGCUGUUUGGAGUGGUACAAAUGUGGCUGGUAUUAAUCUAAGCAAUUUGGUUGGAGGAGAUACAAAGCAAGAUGUAAAUGAAAUUCAUAAAAUGGUCAUUGACAGUGCUAAUGAAGUUAUAAAGCUGAAAGGAUGCAUUUCCUGGGCCAUUGGUUUAAGUGUGGCGAAUAUUGUUACUUCAAUUUGUAGAAACCUCAAGAGUGUCCAACUGGUGUCCACUAAUGCAAAGGAUGAACACAAGAUCAAAGCGGACGUGUUUCUCAGUCUUCCCUGCCUUAUGGGUGCCACGGGAGUAUGCGGAAUCAUCAAACAAAACCUGGAGGAGGAUGAGGCAAAAAAACUGAGAUGUAACGUGGAACAUCUCUUGAAGGCCCAGCAAGAAAUUGUACUUUGAAAAAAAUGACAAAUGAUGGUUUUCUUUGCACGAUUAGACCAUUUUUGGAACAUACAUGAUUGUCUCAUUUAAUGCAUAUUAGUCAAGUGGUUUGUUGAUUGAGUUGUAUGAAAAUUAAGUGCUGCUUGCUAAAGUUAAAUGAAACCAAUAACAGAUACAGUAAAAUGCAAAUCAAUAUUACAAGUAUGGUAAUGUAUUGUGAAUUCCCUCACUUGAAGAUAUCAUCCAUGUCAUAAUUGCGACAAAGGUGAAUGAAUGAAUGAAUGAAUGAAGGGUUAAUAGCAAAGGACAACAUUGGAUCAGUGAUUAGAUUUCCCUCCUUCCUCUCUGGAGAAGCACAUUUCCCAACUGAGGAGAACAACAGCUGCGCAAACAAUAAAUUAAUUAGAAAUGGUCAGUGUCAGAAAAGGUUAGGAUAUAUAUUAUGAAAACAAAGGUGAUGCAUUUUGGUAAGUCAGAUAGUGUUAAGACAUGUAUUUUACUGCCCUCGGAGUGCAUACGUACAAAGCUAUGUAGUGAGCUAAACACAUUCUCGUGAAUCACCAGAGAAGGAAGCUUUCUACAGGGUUUUAAUGAGAUCUUACUUGUGAAAGAUAUUGUUGUUUCAUGGCCAAAUGAAGAGAAGAUGAAGAUGGAUGUCUUUCCAUACUGUGCUUUGAGUCAUAUCAAACUACAUGCACAGUAUAUUAAAGAAAAACUGUUUAUGUCCAAGAUUAUGUCUGUACAAAAUCAACUGCGCCUCUAGAGGUCAGAACACUCCCCACCUGGCAUCCAUAGGAUGUCAAACUUAACCUUUGAAAUGGAAAGUCAAAUGAUCAUUUCAUGAAAUCUUUGGUAAAAGAAGGAUGGUGUCAGAGAUUGGUCUUAAAGUCUUACUACACUUACACAGUCUUUAACCAUUAUCACUUUGAAAGUAUCGACCUUGAUGUCAUUCCUGGUGGGGAUCAGCUGGACCUGUUAACCUUGAGGAAAGGGUGAGCUGAUUAGCUUGGAGCCCUCUUUGGUGUGAUCAGUCGGGCUAAGAUCAGUCAGAACAUAGCUCCUUAAGAUGUUAGAAAGGAUUUGUAGCUCAGGUUGAGGAUGUUGUUGUUGAGUGGUUUACAGAUGUUGUUACCCAGCUAGACAACAUCAUCAGUGCAACUUCAAGUGAAGUGUUGGUGAUCUACAUUGUUCGUCUGUUAUGCGUCCUGUUUCUAGUCAGUUUGUGUGUGUGUGUCAUUUCUAUUGGUUACCAAUUACAUAAUCCACUAUUGGUUCAUUAAAAUCAGAUGAUAAUUAUU